CUUUACAAAAACCGUUUAUUUAUGGUCACUCUCCGUUAGCUGCCGUCCAACGCCGUUAACGACAUUCGUUAAGUGAUGACGUGGCUGACGGAUUUGCCUAAUCAUCACUUUUUAACCCCAAAAUUGACUGACCCGACCCGCCACGUCAUUUAAACCCGCCAUGUCAGCUAAACCUAACCAAACCUCUACCCAAACCCGACGAGACCUGCUAACUAAAACCAAACCAAACCAGACCCCCAAAAUUGUUUCACUAAAACCCUAAUCAAGAACAGAAAUGAACCUUACCGAAUUUAACUUUCAAUGCACAGAGCUACGAGGAUGAGCCAUUUCCAGGGAGUCAGUACUCGAUGUCGGCCAAAUCAAGAACAGCAUCAGAAAGCUGGGACGAAUGCGGCGUAGAAGGAGGUGGAGGGACAAUGAGCUACGAGGCCGUUUUGUCUGAUUUCAAGAAGGAGAAAGGGAUCCACUCCGCCGACGAUCAGAAAUCCGUCACCGGACCCUGCAUCAACAACAUCACAGUUCUCCAUAUCUCAGCCGAGGAGCAAAGGAAUGAUGUCGUGGCUGUUUCGAGGCUGAGGACGAAGCCCACGAAGAACGUAGCUACCACUUCGCCGGUGAGAACAGAGUCCGAGGAGGUCUCGCAGGCAUUCGGGGAACUGGGUUUGCUGUCGAUCGAGAAUCUGCGGAGGGAGUUGAGGGAAUCGAAUGAAACUAGGGACGCAACAUUGACAGAAGUCGCGGAGACGAGAGCUUCGUUAGGCCCACUGAGGCAAAAUAUCGAACACCUGGAGGGCUACUGCGAGGAGCUGAAGAAGGCUCUGAAAUCCGCCACGAGAUCCAAAGGGCGAGCCAAAUCAAUCGAUGGGUACUCACAAAAUAACAACUCGAAUCAUCAUCCAUCCAUUCUCCCAGUGACCGACGAAGCAAUGGUGGAAGGGUUCCUCCAAAUGGUGGCCGAAUCCAGACUCUCAGUCAAACAAUUCUGCAAAGCCCUAAUCUCCCAAAUCGAAGACGCGGUCGAUUCCCCACUCAUCGAAACCGUGCUCUCUGUGCAUUCCAACCACUCCAAAACCAUCCUCCACCACCUGGAAUCCAUAAUCAACGACACGAUGCACCAGGACUUCGAGAACUCGGCGUUCCACAACAACGGCGCGCCGAAGCACCUGGACCCGCAGCAGGAUCGGUUUGGUUUGGUUUUAGUUAGCGGGUCUGGUCGGGUUUGGGUAGAGGUUUGGUUAGGUUUAGCUGACAUGGCGGGUUUAAAUGAUGUGGCGGUCGAUCAAUUUUGGAGUUAAAAAGUGCUGAUUAGGCAAAUCCGUCAGCCACGUCAUCACUUAACGGACGUCGUUAACGGCGUUGGACGGCAGCUAACGGAGAGUGACCAUAAAUGAACGGUUUUUGUAAAGUUAGUGACCAAAAGUGGAUUUAAAUAUUUACAGUGACCAAACAUGAACGCUUUUUGUAAUUUCAGUGACCAGCCAUGCAAUUAACGCGAUUUAAUUAUAUCAUUUGGUAAAAUAAAAUAAUUUAUAAACUUGAGAGUUAUUUCGUUUGUUAUUAAAUCAUUUGAACUAAAGUAUUAAAGUGCUU